GGCUAGUCUCUUUCCUCUCCUCUAGUCUCCAACCAACACUCUUUUUACCUCUUUAUCUUGUGUUCAUAAGUCAUAAGCCCCCACAACCAGAUCCAACUUGGUUGUUAAUCUGUCAAUUCACACCUAUACAUCAUCUCAAAUCAAUCAGUCAAUCAUAACAUCCCCACACAUAGAUUUUAAUUCAAUACAACCAAACAAAUAUGUCUGUCGACCUCUCCACUGCCACCUUACCACCACCACCACCACCCCUUCACCACUCCGCCGAUCAGCUAUGCUAUGUCCAUUGCAGCCGCUGCGACACCGUCCUCGCCGUCAGUGUUCCUUGCACAAGCUUGUUCAAGACAGUGACUGUCCGGUGUGGCCACUGCAGCUACCUCCUGCCGGUCACCAUGUGUGGAAUGAUGCUACCACCGCCGGCGGUCAGCCCGUUACAGAUUGGUCACUCUAGUUUCUUUUCUCCGGCCACCCAUGGUCAUCAGCUGGAUGAUCAGAUUCCAAAUGGGAGCUCAAGUUUUUUGAUGAAUCAGAAUUUUACAAAUGAUGUUUCUCUCACAGCCCAUGGAGGAUUAUUCAGUGAUCUUCCAAAGCCCCCAGUGAUUAAUCGACCACCGGAGAAAAGGCAAAGAAUACCCUCGGCCUACAACCGAUUCAUCAAGGAAGAAAUUCAAAGGAUCAAAGCUCGAAAUCCUGAUAUCAGUCACAGAGAAGCCUUUAGUGCUGCGGCUAAAAACUGGGCUCACUUUCCACACAUUCGCUUUGGUCUCGUGGCUGAUAAGACUACUGCUGCUGUCAAAAAGGCCAGCAUGCAACAACAGGAAACUGAACGUGGAUUUAUGAAAGAAAGCUUAUUUGCUGCUGCAAAUGUUGGUCUCUCUCCAUAUAAUUAUUAGCUACCUUUUAUCUUUUGGAUUACUUUCAAAACGCUAAUCAAUUUGCACGGUUUAUUUGCUUGUACCUUA